GCGCUUGCGACCAAAACCAGAAUACAACAGAAAACAAGAGAAAACCCGGAAACAAAAAACGGACUCCAAAAAAUUCACCAAAUCCGGACGCAAUAGCCCACCUAGUGCCAUUCCCUAUCGCUUCUUCAUCUUCUUCUUCAUCCUCAGCUGAACCUGAAUGAGAGCGAGUUCUCCUCCGUGCUUCCUGCUCUGGUUUUAAGCAAAGCAGCGCUAGUAGCUGCAGCUACGAUUUCUGCAAUGUUCGGCGGCGGAGGAGGGAGUGUUUAUUGGGGGAGGAGGAGGAGGGAAUUCAAAGGGAUUGUGGUGAUAUUCGCUUGGGUUUCCGCUCACCCUGGGGAUUUGAGGAGCCUUGUCGAUUUGUAUUCCUCUCUCGGUUGGAAUUCUCUCGUUUCCCAUGCCGAUUUCCUCACCGCGUAACCCUCUCUCUCUCUGAAUCUGCUUGCUUGUUUCUUUCUUAUGGCUCUGUUUGUGUUCUGGGAACAUGAAAGGGGGGUGAAUUUGAGCUGAAAAGAAGGCUUGCAAGGUUCAGGAUGUUAUGUGGGAAAACGCAAAUGAACAUCAUACUUAGUGUGGUUAGGGUUGACUCAAGUUUAGAGAAUUAUACUAGUCUACCAAGAAUAGUACCAUAAGGGUGUUAGAUUUCUGAAAGUUUGGGUGGGUCUGUGAAGCUUGCAGGUUUUAUCCCGAGAGAGCCAUUUCUUUGGCGUUUCUUCUCCUCAGUGAACUUGUCCAGGAGCUAAGGGUUCGGCCAUGUCCAGUUGUCUUUGUGGCUCUUUCUGGUGGUUCAAAAGCUUGCAUGUCCAAGGUUUUUCAGAUCAUCCAAGGUUCUUGUGAAGGUCAUCUUAACCUGGAUGAAAGUCGUUUAAUCGGAAACUGCUUUUCUGGCCAUAUCUAUGAUUCUAGCCCAGUAGACUUUACGAGUGAUUUGGCUGCCCGGUUUGCUCUUCCAGCCAUUCAGAAAAUGCCCGGCCCGUCAAAACUCAUGUCUUGGUUUGCAAAAGGGGUCACUUCUGGUCUUGAUGGUUUGUACCUUACCAGGUUUGAGUACCAACGAACACAGUAUUGGCAGAAUCUGUACUCAUCAGUUGAGUUAGGAGCCCCAUACCUGAUUUUAUGCUCAGCUGAUGAUGAGAUUGCACCUUGCAAUGUUAUCUGUGAAUUCAAACAUCAACUACAAGUACUUGGGGCUGAUGUUGCACUUGUGAAGUUGAAUGCUUCUCCUCACCUAGGUCAUUACAAGUAUCAUCCAACCACGUACAGCACAGCAGUGACCAAUUUGCUAGAGAAGGCCACAUCAGUUUAUUGCCAAAGAAUCCAACAACUCCAAGAGGGACUAAAGAUGGAUGGUAUGCAUCACCAAAUAUCCAAUUUAGUAUGCGACCUUCAGCAAGUGGCAGUCGACUCAAAUGAAGGAUUAAGAAGAGUACCACCGGUUCUGCCCAAUGAUGACUUCUUUGGACAAAGUUCUUCCAAAGACCAGAAUAAUAAAGAGUCAGAAUCUCCACAAGAUGAAAGGAAAGAGAACUCCUCUAUAAACCUAAGCAGCCCCCCCAGGAUAAGCCCUCAUGGUGUUCUUGGCCAAGUGCUCUUCGAUGCUUGUGUUCCCAAGUAUGUGGAUGGAUGGGAUAUUAGGUUUUCUGGAUGCCUCAAUGGACAACCUGUUGCUUCUGCAAGUAAGCGCUCUCAUCUGCAGGCCUUGAAACGCUUCCGCCGCUCGAGAUUAUAGUGCUGCAUGACAUAGGACGAGUUGCAAACGCUAGUGAUGUGUUUGAGGACCAUUUUGAGGCUGGUCCAUGUUUUGGGAUGUAGAAGUGUACAGGUAAUGCAGGAAGUAUGGCAAUAUGUUGAGAAUGAGGCAAAUCCCAAAGGAAAGUCUGCCAGUGCUGAGCAUGCAAGGUGUCCAAACCAGUGGUUUCUGAUCCGGGAAGAGGGCAAGAGGAUAAGAUGUAAAUACUUUUCUAUAUCUGUAGAAUAAAGGGUAAUGAGAUACAAACCAACAUAGCGUCAUGUGUCAUAAUAUGUCGCGGUUUGAUGACUUGAUGUACAAGUAUGUAUAAAAACUGACUUAGUCUGAUGCUGAGUUAGAACUUAGAAAUGCUCUUUCGAGGUUUGAAUGGCGGGAAAUGACUGAAGAGGUUUUCAGGACACAUCAGAACUUGCAGGAGGCGGCGGUAUGUUAACUAUUAACAGUUGCCAUUAGACAAUCA